GAGUUGGCUGAAUUCAACAAUAACACACAGGCUCCCUGUGUCCUGCGCAGAAUAAAGAAAUAUUGCUUCAGUCUUCAUCUUAGUGGGUUCAAUUUGGUUUCAACACACAGUCUUGAAGGACCCAGUGUUGGGCUGUGACAUCCCUCUCCAGGGCUGUCAGGUGCAUUUAGAGAGAAAAUGAACACAAUCAUAGCAUUUAUUUUAUUCAGUACUCUUCUUCAAUCACUCCUUGCAGCAGUCCCUCCUCCCUGUGUCUUCCCAUUUAUUUACAAAGGAAAACCCUAUAAUUCUUGCACUGAAGUUGCAAGCCAGAACCGCCCAUGGUGUGCUACCACUGCAAACUUUGAUACAUCUCCACAAUGGAAGUAUUGUGCUACUAAAGAGUAUGGUGGUAAUUCUGAUGGAAAACAAUGUGUGUUCCCCUUUACGUACAAGAAACGUACGUAUUACACUUGCACGAAUGAAGAUGCAGAAAUAGGAAGAUUCUGGUGUGCAACAACUGGAAGUUAUGAUAAUGAUGAACAAUGGAGCUACUGUGCUGAUACCAGACUAGCUGCAAAUUCACAGGGGCCAUGUGUGUUUCCCUUUAUCUACAAGGGACAAUUCUACUCAGCUUGCACAAAAGCUGGGUCUUCUGAGGGAAGGCUCUGGUGCUCUUUAAGCAGAAACUAUGAUGCACACCCGAAAUGGACUUACUGUACACCCUCAGAACUCCUUCCUUGCACGUUUCCCUUCACAUUCAGCAACAAAAUUUACCAUUAUUGCACAAAAGAUGGUGCUUAUGAUGGCCAAUUAUGGUGUGCCACAACCGCAAACUAUGAAAGGGACAGAAAAUGGAGGGCAUGUGCCACUGAAGAAUAUGAAGGUAACUCUAAAGGCAAGCGCUGUUUCUUUCCAUUCAUCUACAAUGGGAACACAUUCAAUUCUUGCACCAAUCAAAAUUCAGACAAUGGAAGAUUUUGGUGUUCUGUCACAAGGAACUAUGACGCAGACCGUCAAUGGAGCUAUUGUGAUGAUACAAGACUAUAGACCAGGAAGGCCUGUCAGACAAUAUGUGUAAUUCCUCAGAUCACAAAAAUCAAGACAAUAUUGGAUGUUUGUGGUUCCAGGGAUGAUAAUUUUUGAAUGGGUUAUGGUUAUGUGCUGUCUUUCACUUUACCUAUGCAAACUUAUUACUGCAGAAAAGACAUAUCUAGGUUUGCUAGAAGCUAUCACACUUUGCAUUGUUUUACUGAGACCCUUCUGUAUUCAUAAUUAUGCAUGAAAGAAUCACCCAAGAAAUUAUUUUAUUGCCAGAUAUGGCCAGUUCCUAGACUCCAUUUGCUUGCUGUGCCACUUUUUAGUAUAUUCCAAGGCACCUUUAUUUUUACCAUCAGAAUUUGUAAGUAAUCAAUUAAUUUCCCACCAUUUUAAGUCUACUUUAAAAUUUUUAUCUUUAGAAUAUUGUAGGCUUAAAAGAUACUUUUUAAUUGAGUUUCCUUGUAAUGUUUAAUGUUUAAAAAGCUAGUAAAAUAUAUUUCUUAUGUUGCUUUUUUCAUUAUGGCAUUCAAUAUUGUAAGGUAUAGCAGAAAAAAGCAUACUGGCCCUUGAAAUAUUUUAUAGAUCAUGUUUAAAUUGCUGAUCAAUCAGUCUGAAUGCCCAUUUUCCAACGGCACUUGCCCACUCUUAUAGAAAUAUGUGUGAUUAUGAUAUCUUGUUUUUGCUUUGAAUUGCUAGAUGGCUCCUGAUCAUUUCUAAAUGUCUGUUUCUUUGUAAUAAAUAUUUUUAGCA